AUGAGAAAAGAAGUUAAAUUCAUAGUAUGGGGGCAUGUGAUGUUGGUGAUGUUUUUGGUCUGGUAUACGUUUGACUUGAUUACGUUGUUACAUGACGAUAGCUUCAGCGAUGCGCUUUUGGACGUGGAGUUGAACCCUACGAAUGGGGUACUUGAUAAGCCGACUAUUAUCCCUAAGAUUAUUCACCAAACGUACAAGACAAACCAGAUUCCUGAGAUUUGGAAGCCAGGGCAGCAAGCGUGUGUGGACUUGCACCCAGAUUACCAGUACAUUUUGUGGACUGACGAUAUGUCGAGGGAGUUCAUUGCGGAGGAAUACCCAUGGUUUUUGGAAACGUGGGACUCGUACCCAUAUCCAAUCCAACGGGCAGAUGCCAUUCGUUACUUUGCUUUGGUGCACUAUGGGGGAGUCUACAUCGAUCUUGAUGACGGGUGUGAACGUCGUCUUGAUCCUCUUUUGACCGUGUCGGCGUUUGUGCGUAAGACAAUUCCUACGGGUAUUUCGAACGACGUCAUGGGUUCUGUCCCUAGACACCCGUUCUUCUUGAAAGUUUUGGACAGCUUAAAACCCUACAAAAAGAACUGGUUGGUGCCUUACGUCACCAUCAUGUAUACGACAGGGCCUUUGUUCUUGUCGGUUAUUUGGAAACAGUACAAGCGUUGGGGGGUUCCAGAAGCGGGCAAAGUUCGUAUUUUGCUUCCAGAAGACUACAAGACACACAAAUACUCGUUCUUCGCCAUUGCACCAGGCUCGUCGUGGCAUCUUGACGAUGCCAAGUUCGUGAAAUCGCUUGCUAACCACAUCGGAUUAGCAGUAUUUGGCGGGUUUGUAAUUGCGGGCAUAUUUUUUUUCUUGGAAUACUUGUUAUAUUUGCUUGUCAUUUCCAACGGAUUCAAGAAGUUAAUGAAGAAAUUUACUUCGUUAUUCACUCCGUUGAACAAGUAUAUGCCUCUCAAUAGUCGCAGCAAGACUUUGAAGAAAAGGGCCAGAAAGGAUUCAAAUUUACCAGCUGAAGUUGAUUUUGACAAUGACAAAGCUAUGGUUUAG